AGGGGAAAACUGCACUUUUCAAUUAAUUCAAAACCCUCGAAUAAUGGAGGGAAAACUGAGGGGCGGUUGUUGGCAAUAUCCGUUCAUUAACCGUCAAUAACUACUCAAAAGUUUCAAUUCAAACCAAGGGCAAAACCCUUUAAAUAUCACAGGAAUUCCUCCCAAAGCUUUUCCUUUCCUUAUCAUCACGCAGUUUUUUCUUCUCUGGCAUUCCUUUCUUUCUAAACUAAAUGGAACAAACUGAAGAAGGAAUCGGCAUCAAAGUAUACAAUGCAACACCACCAGAAGGUACUACACCAACCUCCUCCCUCCCUCGGCUGCCUCCCGAACCCGGCCGGAAGAGGAAAGCUGUGGCCAAAGGAGUACAAAAAACAAUAUCCAAAACUUCGAUGCUUGUAAACUUCCUUCCAACAGGCACCCUUUUAACUUUUGAAAUGGUUCUCCCUUCUGUUUACCGCAAUGGUGAUUGCUCCCCUGUUAACACCAUGAUGAUUUACUUCCUCUUAUGCCUUUGCGCGCUCUCUUGCUUCUUCUUUCAUUUUACUGAUAGUUUCCGGGGUCCUGAUGGGAAAGUUUACUAUGGUUUCGUGACCCCUAAGGGACUGGCUGUGUUCAAGGCUGGUCUCGAUGUGGAAACUCCGAAAGACGAGAAAUACAAGGUUGGGCUCACUGAUUUGGUGCACGCAAUCAUGUCGGUCUUGGUGUUCAUGGCAAUUGCGUUUUCGGAUCAUAGAGUUACAAACUGUGUAUUCCCGGGGCAUGAGAAGGAAAUGGAUCAAGUUAUGGAGAGUUUUCCAUUGAUGGUGGGGAUUGUUUGCAGUGGCUUGUUUCUUGUGUUUCCUACCACUAGAUAUGGCGUGGGUUGUAUGGCUGCUUAAAAUUUGUAAAAACCAUGGUUCUGGACUCAGCGUCUAGGAUAGAUAGAUUGGUGUGAAAUGAAUUUAAAGAAUAAAUUUCUUCAAGAAUUUAUGGUUCG